AUGGACGAGCAACCCCGGUUGAUGCACUCUCACGGAGUCGGCAUGGCCGGACACCCUGGCCUGGCGCAGCAUAUGGAUGGCACUGGAGGGACGGACGGAGAGGGAAGAAAACAGGACAUUGGAGACAUACUACAGCAAAUAAUGACGAUAACCGAUCAAAGUCUUGACGAAGCACAGGCCAGGAAACAUGCGCUGAACUGCCAUCGAAUGAAGCCUGCACUCUUCAGUGUCUUGUGUGAAAUAAAGGAAAAAACAGUGCUCAGUAUUCGAGGUGCCCAGGAGGAGGAGCCACCGGAUCCUCAGCUCAUGCGAUUGGACAACAUGCUGCUGGCAGAGGGCGUGUCUGGGCCAGAGAAAGGGGGCGGAUCCGCCGCGGCUGCCGCUGCCGCCGCCGCUGCCGGGGGCGUCGGCGCCGACAACUCCGCGGAACACUCAGACUACCGAGCCAAACUAUCCCAGAUCCGACAGAUCUACCACACAGAACUGGAGAAGUAUGAACAGGCCUGUAAUGAGUUCACCACUCACGUGAUGAACCUGCUGAGGGAACAGUCCCGCACACGGCCCAUCUCUCCCAAAGAGAUAGAACGAAUGGUCGGCAUUAUCCACCGCAAAUUCAGCUCCAUCCAGAUGCAGCUCAAACAGAGCACCUGCGAAGCAGUCAUGAUCCUACGCUCCCGAUUCCUCGAUGCCAGACGAAAGAGGCGAAACUUUAACAAGCAGGCGACAGAGAUCCUCAACGAGUACUUCUACUCCCACCUAAGUAAUCCUUACCCAAGUGAAGAGGCCAAGGAGGAGCUGGCCAAGAAGUGCUCCAUCACUGUUGCACAGGUGGGCCCACAAAUUACGCUCUCACAGGUUUCCAACUGGUUUGGAAACAAGAGAAUUCGGUACAAGAAAAAUAUCGGAAAGUUCCAAGAAGAAGCCAAUAUGUACGCGGCCAGAACAGCCGUCAGUGCGACCAGCGUGUCUGCUCAUGGAAGCCAAGCCAACUCACCCUCCACACCCAAUUCAGCAGGUGAGUGUCAUGAAAAAUCCCUUCUUGAGCCACGUGCAGAUGCAGUAAAGGACUCGAUUAGUCACACACCCCCCAUAUGUAUUUCUCUCAUUUCUGGUUCUGCUGGCUCUUUUAACAUGUCAAACUCCGGAGAUUUGUUCAUGAGUGUGCAGUCUCUCAAUGGGGACUCAUACCAGGGGGCCCAGGUGGGGGCCAAUGUACAGUCACAGGUGGAUACCCUUCGCCAUGUUAUCAGUCAGACAGGAGGAUACAGUGACAGCUUGGCUGUCAACCAGAUGUACAGUCCACAGGGCAUCAAUGCGAAUGGCGGCUGGCAGGACGCCCCCACCCCCUCUUCAGUGACCUCGCCCACAGAAGGACCCGGAAGUGUUCAUUCCGACACCUCCAACUGAUCUCCGCCAUCAUA